AUGGCCAAAUCUACCACUCAAUUAACCGUCACCACCACAAUAGACAGUCAAGCAAGUGCAAAGUCGUUCCUAUCCAGACGAGAAAGACUGCGAUGGAGAAGAUACAAAUCUAGAAGCAAAUUUAUUCAUGAUUUUAUAAAUUUCAAAAACAAACUUUUAGGUAUAAAGGACCUUCCACCCAGUGAAUCAGGAAGAAUCAUCCCACUAAGCAUAAACCACAGCAAAGUGAAUAGCUACUAUCAAGACGAAUACUACGACACUAAACGAAAGGCCUUUAUUGAUGAAAGAAGCAAUGAACCUUAUGUGGAUAACAGAAUUACCUCAUCAAAGUACACAGUAUAUUCAUUCCUUCCUAAGCAAUUAAAGGCCCAGUUUUCCAAAAUUGCCAAUUGUUAUUUCAUGGUUGUGGCAAUUAUGCAGAUGAUCCCCGGUUGGUCCACUACCGGUCAUUUCACAACAAUUAUCCCCUUGUGUAUAUUCAUGUCGAUUUCGAUUGCGCGUGAAGGGUUUGAUGAUUGGAAAAGACACGGCCAUGACAAAGAAGAGAACAACAAAAGGACAAUUGUGAUUAAAGAAGAUGAAGAUUUGUCCAAUUUUGACACGCAGUCAAUCACAACAAUCAUGACGGAAACUGUUCCCUUGGACCAACAGGUUAAUACUCUGCCUAAUCUCGGUGGGAGAACUUCAUCCAACAAUUCAUGGUCUGAUUUGGAGGAAUUGUCAUUCACCAACAAGGAAGCAAUGAAGAAAUAUAACUUAAAACAAUAUCCCACCCUUUGGAAGAAUGUCGGAGUUGGGGACAUUUUACAAAUAAAUGAAAAUGACUGGCUCCCCGCUGAUGUAAUUAUAUUGUCCACCAGUGAAGGUGAAACUGCACCAGCUUAUGUGGAAACCAUGGCUCUCGAUGGAGAAACCAACCUUAAACCGAAAUUUGCUCAUCCAGAAUUGGCCAAGCGAGCAAAUACCGUGACUGGAUUGAAAAGUUUGCAAACAUUGGUAACUACUGAAGACCCCAACAGCAAUUUAUACAACUUUGAAGGGUCCUUCAAUCUCAAUGAUGAAACAUUUGCCCUUAGUUCAGAAAAUAUAGUGUACCGUGGGAGUAUUUUAAGAAACACAAGGUCUAUAUUGGGGUUGGUGGUUUUCACUGGUGAAGAAACAAAGAUUAGAAUGAACAAUAUCAAGAAUCCAAGAACCAAAGCACCUAAGUUGCAAAAGAAUAUCAAUUAUAUUGUUAUUUUCAUGGUUUGUGUCGUGAUAUUACUUUCUGCAUUUUCCACCAUGGCUCAACGAUUAUUAUAUGAAGAUAAUAGAGAGAAGGCAUGGUACUUGUUUGAACAGGAUGCUGGUGUCGCAGCAACAUUGAUGGGGUUUAUCAUUAUGUACAAUACCUUGAUUCCCUUAUCACUUUACGUUACUAUGGAAAUCAUCAAGGUUAUGCAAUUAUUGUUUCUACAAUUUGAUAUAGACAUGUACCAUGUUGAAUCAAAUACACCCGCCGACGGGAAAACAGCCACAAUCUUAGAAGAACUAGGACAAGUGUCAUAUAUAUUCAGUGACAAGACAGGAACUUUAACUGAUAAUCAGAUGGUGUUUCGGAAAUUCAGUGUUUGUGGUGUGAGUUGGUUACACGAUUUAGAUUUAAUGGUCAGUGAACGAAAUGAACCUAAUAGUGUUGAAACCGCUCCAUUGGCACCCAGAUUAAGUAUGCAUGCACCCAGGCAAAGAGAUGAACUGCCACAUAGAACAAGCACCACCUCUAUUGUAAGAGCAAGUAUGGAUUCUGUAGGAUCUUCCCAGUCUAACUGGACCAGUACCGCUCAACCCAACAAAGUCCAAGAUAGUGCUAUGAAUUCACUCCAGUUAUUGAGACAUAUCCAAACGCAUCCGCAAACAUUAUUUGCCAAGAAGGCAAAAUUCUUUUUGCUCAGUUUGGCAUUGUGUAAUACUUGUCUUCCCAAGAAAGACACAAAACGUACCUCAACGGAUUCAAUUUUCACGUUGAACAGUCAAACUGAUGCCAACGGUAACAGUGAAGUUGAAGAAGAUGGAGAUAUCACAUACCAGGCCGCCUCCCCUGAUGAACUUGCAUUAGUUGAAGCUGCCAGAGAUUUAGGGUUUGUUGUGUUUGACCGAGUUAACCAGAAGCUUGAAAUCAAGACGUAUCCCCAUGGAUUUGAUAACGAUCCUAAAGUUGAAGAGUAUCAAGUGUUGGAUGUUAUUGAGUUUACUUCAUCAAGAAAGAGAAUGUCUAUUGUGGUUAGAUUCCCUGAUGGUCGUAUCUGUUUGAUUUGUAAAGGUGCUGAUUCCAUCAUUAUCGAAAAAUUAAAGAAUAGCAAGAUGGCACAAGAAAAAGCUCGAGAAAUUUCAUUAAACUCAUCGGAAAGAAAGACUCAAGAAGCCGAUGUCAUUUUACAAUCCAAGUUUUCUCAAGAUGUCCAACACAUGUCUCCUUCGCGGAAAUCAGGAUUUUCAUUGAGGCAAAGUUUAGGAGGAACCGCUGCGGCAACAAACACCAAAAUGAAUAGCAUUAAUAACGCUCUUAUGGGAACUGAAGAUGAUGAAAUUGCCGACAUUGCCACCAGAGCUAGAAAAUCAUUACAUAUUCAACAAACAAAAAAGUAUAGUUUGGACCUAUACGAGAAUGAAGAAGUUCCUUCCACUCCUGUAUCCCUCAAAUCGGCCACUUCACUUCCAGCAAACCCAUUUACUCAGUUCAUACCCAAUGACAAGUUACUUGUUAAUGACGAGUUCAUAGUUGAGAAGAUAUUGGAACAUGUGGAGGAGUUUUCCACUGAGGGUUUACGUACUUUAUUAUAUUCCUUCAGAUGGUUGGAUAAAACCGAAUAUGAACAAUGGAGUAGAGAAUACAGCGAUGCCAAGAUUGCAUUGGCUGAUAGGGCAAAGUUAGUAGAGCGAGUAGGUGGGAAGAUUGAAACCGGAUUAGAAUUAAUUGGUGCAACAGCAAUUGAAGAUAAGUUGCAAGAAGGAGUUAGUGAAGCUAUCGUGAAGUUGCGUCGUGCUGGUAUCAAAUUAUGGAUGUUGACUGGUGACAAACGAGAAACGGCGAUCAAUAUUGGAUACUCGUGUCAAUUGAUUAAGGAUUACUCCACUGUGGUUGUUUUAUCCAUGGAUGAAGGUAAAGACGCUCUUAUUGAUCGGAUAACAUCUUCAUUGCUGCAAAUAAAGACAGGCUCAGUAGCACACAGUGUGUUGGUUAUCGAUGGUGGAACAUUGGCUAUUGUCGAGGCUGAUUCGACAUUAUUAACUUUAUUCCUUGAAUUGUGUAUUCAAGUCGAUUCCACAAUUUGCUGUCGUUGUUCCCCUUCCCAAAAGGCAAAUAUGGUCAGUGCAGUCAGAAACUUGAAUAAGAAAGCAGUUACUCUUGCCAUUGGAGAUGGUGCCAAUGACAUUGCCAUGAUUCAAAGUGCCGAUAUUGGUAUUGGGAUUACCGGUAAGGAAGGGUUGCAAGCUGCUAGAUCGGCUGAUUAUGCAAUUGCCCAAUUCAGAUUUCUUUUGAAGUUGCUUUUAGUCAAUGGGAGAUACAAUUAUGUGAGAACAUCCAAGUUUGUGUUGUGUACAUUUUACAAGGAGCUUUUGUUUUACUUGACGCAGUGCAUAUACCAAAGAAACACGUUGUUUUCUGGGUCAUCUAUGUAUGAAAGUUGGUCAUUGUCCAUGUUUAACACUUUAUUCACCUCAUUACCCGUGAUUUGUGUAGGUAUGUUUGAUAAAGAUUUAAAACCAGCUACUUUAUUGGCAGUUCCUGAAUUAUACAACAAGGGAAGAUUAUACCAAGGGUUUAAUUUGAAAAUAUUCGUUUCGUGGAUGGUAUUGGCAACAUUUCAAAGUGUUGGUGUGUCAUUUCUUGCUUAUUAUUCAUGGGGCUUUACGGCUCUUCGAGACAAUACCACGUUUGCUUUGGGCUCGAUGGUGUUUGCCGUUCUUGUUAUUAUUAUCAAUACAAAAUGUACUAUUAUAGAAAUGCAAAACAGACAAUGGUUGGCGUUUGCAUCAUUCAUCAUAUCCGUGGGCGGAUUUGGACUUUGGAACGUUCUCAUUAUGUUGCUUUAUAGAACCAAGGAUUCACCAAUUUAUUUUGUGGCUUAUGGAUUAUACACUUGGGGUAGAGACCAAAGUUGGUGGGCUGCAUUGUUGAUGAUUUCAACCAUUCCAUUGUUAUUUGAUAUCUUCAUUAAAGUGUUUAAGUUUAUGUUUAAACCAAACGAUGAUGAAUUAUUUAGAGUUUACGAGAGGGACAUUCAAUUAAGAAGAUAUUUUGAGCAAGCAGCCUAUAGUGAACUCCACCAAAGUUGGAAUUUCACCAAGGAACCUUCCACCACAGGUAAGUUUAUUGCCAGAGUUUUCAGAAAGAUUGGUAAAUCGAUUGGUAUCUCCCAGAAAGAACUUCGUGAUGAAAUUGAAGAAAUUAAUAGCGAGGAAGAAAACGAAGGUAUUCAAUCGGCAGUACAUAGAAAACGUGCCGGCACCAACCCUAUGCCCAAUGAGCUUCCCCCUAGCGGAGAAGGUACUGUUACUACAUCGAAUAGCUACACUGCACACCCUACAUUUGAUGAAGAAGGGUAUGAGAUUUUACCAAGUGGGAAGAGGGUUAAGAUUAAAAUCAAAACUGACGAUGAACCAAGUUGGACAACAAGUCUUACACAAGCGUUCAAAUGGGAUAAAUCUGAAGAAGAUGUCGAUGCUAUUAUUGACGAGAGAUUGAAAACCUUGCGAGAGGAGGAAGAGAGACGUGGUUUGCAUUGA